GGCAAGGAAGACAUUAAUUGUAUUGUUGAGUUUUCAAAAUUUCUAUGUAAAAAUCGAUUUACAUAUUUAUUGGUUCUAAAGAUUUUUUGGAUAGUUGUAGUUAUUUAAAAGUGCAGUGCUGCUCAAUAAAUAUAAAUUAUACACUUCUCAAACAAAAUACUAAGAAAUGUGAAAAAUUAUGUUAGUGUUAUGCUACACACUCUUAGAGUGUGUUUUGUGUUUAGAUGAAGUAUUAUAUUCAAAGCAGUUGGUGAAACUAUUUUUUGAAUGCUCUAUUUAAAAUUAAUAAUAAUUUUUUUGUUACAGUAUUUACUGCUUUUUUCAUAGCACAAUAUAAUAUAAAACAACUUAUUUUUAAAGGAAAAAAUAAGUUUGAGAACAAAUUUUCCCGUGUGCUAAAAAAGAAAAUAAGACUUUAAAUUAAUUAUAUAUGUUCAAUGUAGAUAAAGGUGCUUAUUCGUACAAACAUAAAAAGUUUUGUUCGUGAUUAUAUUUUUUAUGUUUGUACCUUUCUAUAAAAUAUAUUCAGUAGUCAUGUAAAUAAAAGUUACAUAAUUUACUACAAAUCAGCAACGCAUAUGAAAUUCAAUUUUGAUGAAUACUUUUACUGUAGAAUAUAGUAAUUUAUAGCUAUAUUUUAAUACAAAACAAGUUUAAAAUUGUACAAAAUUUAUGAAAAUAUAUCUACAGUAAAAGAUUUAGAAAGGUUUAUGGAAAAAUUUAAAAUGAAAAUUAUACGUAAUUCCAAAUUGAUUCAAAUUAUACUGAAGAAAUGUAUUCCAUAGUAAUAUUAUUUACUAGAAAUCUGUGUGUAGAUUAUAGUAUAUAAUAUUUUGUGCAAAUUCUAGUCAUAUUUUAUACUGCUGAAUUUGUCUUAGAUUUUAAAUGGUAAAGAACUUGUGUGAAGUUUAGCUAAUUUUUCUUGAAAUACAAAAGUAAAUUGCAUGAAGUUAAAAUUAAUAUUAUCAUUUAAAAGGUUACAAAGAAUAGGUAAAAAUGAAUCUGAAAAAUCAUAUUGAUAGAUGUACCUAUAGCAAUACAUAUUUUGUGUAAGAUGUAUGUUUUGAAGUAAAAUAUUUUUGCAAUGUGUAAUAAAUUAUAUUUUUAUUAAAUUUGAUUGCCUAUCACAAUUACGAUUAUGUUUUGUACGUUUGUAGUAGAUUUGAAUUCAUGUUGAGUGCACAGAAUGUAUGUUAUACAAAUGUACUUGUGUGAUUUUUACAUAUGUGUUACUUAUGGUAUACAUCUACAUGAUGAUAAUAUACUUUCUGAAAAAAGUAGAACCCGAAUUCUAAUUUCAAUUCUUAUUAAGAACCUAAAUAUUCUUUAAGUCCUCCACUGACUUUGUAUGUCCAAUUUCUAGUAAUUCUUCUGUAUGUUUAAACACUAUUCGCUUACCUAAUUAUUAUAGCAAGUAUUGUUCUUUUAAUACCUUAAUUACAAUAAUCAUAAGUUUUGAAUUGUAUACUUUUAAACAUUAGCUUAGUAAAUUAUCCAGUUUAAUUGUGAUUGUUCUUCAAUAAAUACGUGAAUAUAAAAUCGCGAAACGAAUUGAAGAAAUGAUAAUAAUUGAUAAUAACACUUGGAAGUAGGAAGGAUAUUAAAUAUUACAUUUUAAAUUAAUUUAAGAAUAAGUGUACGGUUUCCUGCAAACAUUAUCCUUUUUACUUUAAACUUUUAUAUGAAUUUUUUACUUUAAUUUUGUUAUCUACAUCAAAGAAUUUAUAAUCUUAGUACAUAUUUGAUGGUUCGCUUUAAAAAUACGAAAACCUCUUGUUCCCAGGUAUGCAUGGCGGAUAUCACGAUACACGCUUCUUAGUUUACCAGUAAAAAGCUACAAGUUUACGAGUGAUCGCAUAUUUUAUUGGAAUAUAGAGAAACUGAAAAGAAGAUUAACAGGAUUUGCUUUCGAAAAAGUGACGGUACAUAGUUUUGGCGCGCGCGCAAAGGUAAACAAUGAACUGUAUGUUUCGAUAUCGUAGAAGUGGCAACAGUGUACAGCUCCGAUCCAUGUGACAGAGAAGGAACGUGACAAAAGGUGGCAGAGGGUGACGCCGCCGAGAUCGGAGUGAGUGUUUGCCCGGGCGAGCCGGGUGUCGGGUGUGCUGUGUACGAUUGUCGCGAUAUUCGUCCGUUCUGGCGUCCACCGGAAGGUAAGCCUGCUCGAACAAGAUAUCGGCUGGCUCCGAAAUCUCGUUUUCACAUGUUUUUCGCGAUGAUAACGACGGGAAUUUGAGAAAAUCGCGAAAAAAGUGCACCGACUAACGAGCAAUAUACAGCAGCUCGACACUUCUCUUACACGCCCAGCGGAGUGCUGCGUCACAUGGGCUGCGUUCAUUGGUCGAUACAGCCAGGUGACGUCACGAACCGCGCUUUGAUUGGUCUAUACCUCGGACCCCAGACACGUGAAUCGUGGCCAAGCAAGCAUGGCUGUUGAUGCGCAGUGGUUAGCACUUGUAAAAUGUUUCUGCCACGCGCUAGAUCGAUCAGGUUAUAAUCGUUGUGUGCUGUGAAACGUCGCAAGAUCGUCGACUGUUCGGAAACUUUACGUGUGCCUCGUGAUUUUCCGCAUGUGUCGCACGUUUGACAGCGGAAAUACCGCAGAAAUUCUCGCAAGAAAUUGAUUUCUACCGUGAAAGUGGGUUCCAGCGUGUUUCCAUUGUGACCGAAAUACAGUCGCGUCGUACCUAUUGCCACCCGCGGCUGGCUGCAGCAGAAAAAGAGGAGGGUUGAGACACGAGAACGGGCUCUCGACUUCUUCGUCCUCGCGAGCCGGCGACGGGAAUCGACGGUCCGAUCGCACAGUCUCAAUCACCCGAAGGAUCUUGAAGAGGAACAGAGCUCGUCGUGGAACGAAUUGGCAACGUCAGGAUGAGCCUGGAAACGUUGCUGGAAGCAGCAUGGUUCGUCGAGGAGCAGGAGAAGAGGAGGGAGCGUCUCGCGAGCAGCUCUUCCUCCUCCUCCGAUCAUCCGCUAGUCGUCGCUCCCCACUCCAACAAUCACAACUCCAACGAGCCACGUGGUGCCAAAUUGAAGAGAGAACGUACAGAACAAGAUGACUUGUUUUGCGAAGAAAAAAUGCUCAUUAUCGACGGUUCAUUUUAUUUUGCAGAGGAGGAGCCGCUGGAAAACAAUAGGACGAAUGGGAAUCACUCGGCAGGUUCACGAGGGAGUCCCGUGAUCUCGAGCACGCGAGUAACGCCACCCACGGCAAGUGCAAACCCAGGUCACCUGACCGCCCUUCACUCCACAUCGCACCAUCAUCUCCCUCCUCACCAGCAGCAACAGCAGCAGCAACAACAGGCGCCACAGCAACAGCAGCAACCGCAUCACCAUCACCACCAUCACAACAACCACAACAGCACGCAUAAUCCUUACGUGGAGAAUCACAAUUCGAAUCAUUCGCAGCAGAACACCGGCAAUCUCGUCGUCGACGUCGAGCCUAGCCACGACAGUAAAAAGCAUCGAAACGGACCGUGCGUAAUCCGAUCCGGCACUAGAGAAGUGCACAAUAAAUUGGAGAAGAAUCGAAGAGCACACUUGAAGGAAUGCUUCGAACUACUGAAGAGGCAGCUACCGUCGCAGGAUGAGAAAAAGUCUUCGAACCUUUCCAUUCUCCACGCAGCGAUCAGGCACAUACAGACAUUGAGGAGGAAGGAACGGGACUACGAGCACGAAAUGGAAAGGCUCGCGAGGGAAAAGAUCGCUGCCCAGCAAAAAUUGUUAGCUUUGAAAAAGGAGCUUGCGGCUACCUGGGAUCAUAUCGAUUUUAAUACUCUUUUGCCUGAACAGAAUUCGGCUGCUGAUGCAAUAGCUACGAAAAGUGAAAGUAUGGAGGUCGAUGUAACUGGGCUGGCUCGUGGUGGCACGAGGUACAGUAGUACCAGUAGCCUGAGCAGCGCGGCCACAGCCAGUUCACCACAAACACUUCAAACCACCAGCACGACUUCCAACAUUCAUAAUCAAGUUGCAACCGCGGCUGUUGUCUGUCAGACGCAGGGUUUGAACCUUGCACAAAGUUCUAGGGAAAGUCCACCUGCAAGUUCAAGUCCCGGAAUGCCCACACCUAGCAUUCCUACUCCAGCACAGGAGAAAGUUAACACAUCGCCGAGCGGUAUGGUGCCGCAACAGCAUCAACUGCACCUGCCCAUAAGCGCCCAGAUGUUGAACACGAAUCAAGGUCUGGCGACGAUCGUCCCGACCCUUCAGCACAUCGGGUCAAGCUUGAGGGUGAUACCUGGCGACACGAGGCAGCUACUGGUCACCCACACCGCCGGCAACACCGAGUCCAGACCGUUAACGUUAGCCGUGCAAAACUCAUCGGAUCAAUCGAGGCCGCUGAUCGCUGUGCAAUCGAACACUGGAAGUGAGCCAAGGCCCGUGGCGCUGGUCGUUCACUCGUCCACGGCCAACGACAACAGGGUGACGUUCGUGCAUUCUAAUCUGUCCAACAACGACAGGCCGUUGGCCCUAGCCGUGCAGCAGUCGUCGGCGAGUGACGUCAGACCAGUUACAUUUGUACACUCUGCGAACGAGGGAAGACCGAUAGUCCUCGCUGCGCAUUCUCCUGCACUGAACGUGUCGAACGCUCAAACAAGAAUAAGAGCGGGAGACACGCAGACCACCCAUAAAAUGGUUGGCGGUGUGGCAUUGGUCGGUGGAAAUGCAUCUGAGCUAACCAGACUUCCGGGUGGCGCUGAAUUGAACAUACUCCCAGCAAAUGGUUUGACACUGAGCCACGCAAGCGUAUCACUCCAGACUGCAACGGGCAAACCGGGUUCGACCGUGAUGCAGAACGCUCCGUCCACAGAGGGUAUAGCUCACAUCGUUGGUCCACACACACCCCUCUCGGGCCUGACGCCUAUCGUCACACCUAUGACUGUCGUCUCGCAAGGGAACCAAGUGACCGCUCACAUUCUGGCGCCCUCCAGCCUCGCGGGUAAAAUGAUCACGACACCGAUCCUCAAGUCCGUGGCGCAGAUGCCGAUCGUGAACGCGCAGUACAUUAACACCACCACCCUGGUGAAGCCCGUCGUCGUCGUAAGUUCACCGUCAACGUCCACGGCGCAGUCGACGACGGCCUCCAGCACGCAACCAUCCUCGACCACUCACACGACCGUCUGACAAAUCAAAGGAAACUGAAACUAGUUUGAGAAACGGCCGGGUCGUAUCGAUGCACCGAAGCACCGGCUGCCAGAGAUCGCCAUAGGCUGGAAUCCACGUUUCGCUGUUGUUCGACACCAUCGACCGCUCACGAUGACGUGACGUCGACCGUCGGGCUGAACGCGAUCGCAGAGGUCCUGGAAGACGGAGGGGCUGUGCCCGUCGCGGUGUUCCCGACGUCGAAGGAAAGUUUUCUAUUUUUGAACAUUAAACUUGCGUUCCUUCGUGUUUAAAUUCGAUGUUUUUACGCUCUUCCAAAGAGUACACCGACUGAGAGGGUGUUUAUGAGAAAGGCCGUUGCUCGACUUGCGCGAUUGCGCAUGGUACCUUGAAUACUCCGAACAAGUACUUACCGCGUGGUAUUGGUACGAAAAUGAUGCAACAAGGCUAUUUGGGAGGGGGGGGGGGGCGAUUUGAUCCUUUGUUUACAAGCGAAUGUCAGAUUUGUACAGUGAGUCCUUGACUUACAUGGUUAAUUUCAUUUGGAAGCUUUAAGUGUAAGUUCUAUUGCGUAUGCAUAUUAGCAUGUUGAGCUAGUCCCUAUGAAGUUUAGCAACAUUGCAGUUUCGUUUAGGGGACCGACGCUAUAGGUACACUCAGCAGAGACAAUUGUUGAGCACCUCACUGUUGUCUCUGGCGAAUGCCUGUUAAACUUGCCAAAUAAAAUUCGUAAUAAAAUAUUUACAUUUUACUAAUGUAGCUUACUAACCCUUUGAGUGUUAUAGUUUUCCAUAUUUUGUUGUUAUAUUUCUUAAGUUCGGGUAUUUAAAUUCAUUGAUUCUCAAGUUAACAUAUGUUUUACUCAUCAAUGUUUUUAAUAAAAUAAUUCCGUCCGCAGUGACCACAACCGGAUUGCUUUGGCCAAGAGUAUUAAACACUCAAAGGGUUAACAAAUCAGCCACGAAACUUUGUAGAACACCUCGCAUUCGACUUUCGCUAAACAAAGUAAAUUUUGUUGUUUUUGUAUGACGUAAGGAGAACAUUGGUAUCUACAAUUUUCCUAAGUAGAGGACUUGCUGUAUAUUCAAAAUUUCAACAAAUCGAUUAAUAAUUUUUGUCGUUCGAAUUGUAUGACUUUUCACCUCAGUAUGGGAGACGUGAGUUAACAGAUUUCGUUAACUUAUAAAUUUGUCCAAGCUUUUGUUCAGUCGUUGUUUCAGGUAAGGUCCUUAUAUGUUUUAUAAUAAUAUUAUUUAGACGAGAAAGAAAACAUGACUCGCGACAUAAUCUUGUUUGCAUGAUUAUUUUAAAUUGCUUGACUGCAGAGUAUGAAGCUCAUCCGUUAUAUUUCUUUGGUACCUUGUCGCAAUUGGGGAAGUUCGGCAAAAGUUACGUGGAAAUCAUUUUGAAAAAAAAAAAAAAAUGAAAAACCGACUGUGUUUAGAGUGAUGUUAAAUUAAAGAAUUUGUAUGAUAUAAGAUUGGUUUAAAUGCUUUGAAAUUGAUCGAAAUCUUGAAAUCGGAUGGAUGAUGAUGAUUACAUGCUUGUGCUUUUUAAAUUAUCAUGAAUAGUGGCUGUGGAGAUACAAUUAUCGAUGAACUUUAUCAUUAACGCCUACGUUUACUUUCGAAAAUUAGAUGGUAAAGAAAAAGAAAAAACGAAACAUGAAUUCAAGUUACGUCGUGCCCGAAAGCAUACACGCGAAGGAAUACACACGGUGUAUGUUUGUAUGUGCUCAAGUAUUUAUUCGCUUAUAUUUAUUCUACGAACUUAAUUGAGCAUUGGUACAGUUCGUUUUGGCUUCUUUAAUUAAUUUUGAUACCUUUUAUCGGGGUUAAUUUCAAUAACGAUCAGCUGUAACGCGAAAACAUUACACGAUCAACGUUGUUUACGGGUACGUUUUAGUGGUAGUUCAUUUUCCGACCAUGGAAACAAAUGUGUACGUAACACACGACUCUCGUCAAGAUCACAGACGACAUAUUAUCUUGCAUAAUAAUUGCUGCUAGUGUUAUCAGUAGACUGCAGAUGUUGAUGCAUUUAUGACAGAUGUAAAAUAUGGGGAAAUCUAUGAAAAUUUUCAUCAAAUGCCAAAGUAUAUAAAACGUCAACAAUAAUAUACACGAUACACUGUUUAGAAGAUAAAACAAACUUUAAUUUAAUCUUAAAUUAUUUGUCUGUGUCUUUAAAAAGUAUGAAUUUGCAUGAAUAUCCGCAGUCUAGUAAUCAGUAUCGCGUUUACAGGUGAAAACAACCGGAACUACUUGUAAACACGUGAACCGUUAAAACCGUACUAUUUUAAAUUGCUUUCUACCCUUAGGUAAACAAAAUUUAUGUUUUAUACCGCAACAUUAAGUUUUUCGUGCUUUCAUUUGAUAUACUCGAUGCGAGACCGUUAACGGUGAUUGUUCAGCUUAAAUAGUUUAACUAAUAGAAUGCAACGGCAUGGCGAAUAACCAUUAUCGAAUUCUUUAUUUGUCUAAAUAGAACAAGCUUUGCACGGGAUUAACAUUAACGUGAGAUAACGUUGCUGCAUCUCGUAUCUUUUGUAAGAGGGAAAAAAAUCGAUAACAGAAGUACGAAGUAAGUUCACUCUCACGGAUUGAAAAUUUGUAAUUUUUUUU